AUGGCUCGCCGACGCUGGUGGACUCCCGCGCCGCUCCUCCUCGCCCUCCUCACUCCCGCCGUCGCCACAGUCUUCCCCGACUUCUCCUUCUAUCCGGCGGGCGCGCAGUCAUGCCUCAGCCAGGCCGGCGACUCGUCCAAGUGCAGCGGCGCCACCGUCGCGGACCUCAACGAGUGUCUGUGCGGCAACGAGAACAACUUCAUCAUCCUGGCCGCCCAGUGCAUUGGCAAGAAUGACUCGAGCGAUACGGUGCCCGUCUAUCAGACGCUGGUGUCUGCCUGUGCGACGUCCAACACGCCGCUGGUGAUUGCGCCCAACCAGUUUUACGCGGCGGCGAGUGGCAAGCCCUGGACGACGACGACGACGGCAGCCUCAACUUCGACGACGGCAGCGACAACAACGUCUGAUGCCACAACGACGAGCACAACCACCAGCACCAGCUCGAGCACCGCCUCUGCCGCGCCCGUCGGCUCCCUCUCCACGGGCGCCACCAUCGGCAUCGCCCUCGGCGCGUCCUUUGGCGGCGUCGGCGCCAUCGCCGGCCUCGUCUACUUUUUGCUGCGCAGAUCCAAGCAGCAAAGCGAGGAGCAUCACCCGAUGCUGCCCCACGGCGAGGACGGCCGCCAGAGCAUGCCGCUGGCCAUCUCGGCAAACGACCCGAUGCUGCAGCCGACGCCCUCGCCCGGGUCAACAGGCAGCUUCCCGGCCGAGGUCAAGCACGCGUCGUGGGUGUCGUCGCUGCAGAGCCCGGACCCGUACCGCUACUCGGCGGCGGCGUACGAUGCGAGCCAGGGCGUGUACCAGGGGCCGUAUGCGCCGCCGGGGGGCACGAUUGUCGAGCUGCCGCCGGAUAGUAAUCCUAAUCCUAAUGCUAAUACGGGGGGCAUGGUGUUUGAGAUGGAUGGCGCGCAGCAUCAGCAUCAUGCGAUGCCGGCAGAGGUGCCGGGCGAUGUGCCGUCUGUGCCACGGCCGGAGGGGAGGUGA